CUAUUCUCUCUGUGACUCAAAUCUUUUCAACGUCAAGAAAUGAAAGAGACUUAUUUUCUUUCGUUUUCGUGCUUAUAAAAGCAUCGAGACUAGGGAGUUUCAUUUCAGCACAAUUUUCCUUUUGCUUGCUUAUUGCGUGCAGCGAGACUGACUAUGUCUUUCCAGGCUUCAAGUUUGAGUACUCAAAGCCGUCGGCAUCGGCAGCAGAAUCUGGCCAGAAGAUUAAACAUGCCGAUAAAUAUGCUUUCAAGCACAAUUGUUCUUGAGGUUCUUAGAAAUGACAAUUAUGCGAAUUGGAGUGCUUGUAUUAAAAACUAUUUCUUGGCUCAAGAUCUUUGGGAUAUUUUCGGAACCACAAAACCUUCAGAAUCAAAAGAUUGUGAAGUGGAAUUAAAAGCUUGGAAGAAGAAGAAUGCUGCAGCUUUGCAUGCGAUUCAAAUUUCAUGCUCGGUGGAAAUACUGUCUCAAAUCAAUCAUAUCAAUUGUGCCAAAACUGUUUGGGCUAGGUUACAUAAAUUAAUGACCCAACCACCAUCGAAAGGAGUUAACCCAGUGGCUGAGCAGAGAAACUCAUCGAAUACCCCAUCUAGUGAUAUUCACGAGGACGAGGAUAGAUCAACGAUUGCACCUGAUCAAAAGGUUGAAGCAGGAAGCUACCCAGGGAAGCAAACCGAAAUUAAGAGAAGGAGCCCGGACUACUACUCUACUCACUAUGCGGAACUACGCAAGGCUUUGCAAAGUGGUGAUUGGAAUAUUUGUGCAAAAGAAUUCCUUAAGCUUCAACCCUAUUCAAUGAGUACCGAUAAAAUUACUACUACGGGCAAGACCGCUCUUCACGUGUCUGUUGAGGCGGUACAUCUCCAUAUAGUGAAAGAGUUGGUGGAGCUAAUGUCGGAAGAUGACUUGGAAGUAAAAGACAACUACGAUAACACAGCUCUAAUGUUGACAACAUAUAGUGGACAGUACAAGAUGGCGGAGUUGAUGCUUAGAAAGAACAAGAAGUUGGUCAGCAGGGGAACUGUCCACUAUGGGCGCAGAACCCUUCCAGUUGUUAAUGCUAUUUCAAAUGGACAUAUAAAAAUGGCUCGCUAUUUUUAUUCUCUCAAUCCGCCUGAAGAUCUAAGUCCAGAAAAGGACAAUAACGGUUCAACACUCUGCACCCAAGCUAUAUAUGCUGGAGCUUUAGAUAUUGCUUUGGAUUUAAUCCAAAAAUAUCCAGAUUUGGCUCUUGCUCCAGACAGAUCAGAGAAAUACAGCCCUAUAUUCGCAUUGGCUUCUAUGCCAGCUGCAUUCCCGAGUGGAAAUCCGCUCGUGUUUCGGAAAGAAUUGAUCUACUCUCGUAUACCCACUCAACUGAAAAAUGGUACCAAUGAAGUUCAGUUGAGAAUUCAAGAAGACGAGGGACGCCAAAGCAAUGAAGUAAAAACUAACAGAUCAUCAGUUCGAUGCCUGUUGAGCUGGCCAUUUUCAAAACUCAUUCAACUCUUGGAUAUCGAGCAUUUAAAGGAAAUGAAGUUGGUCCAUGAACAAUCUCGUUUACUUCUGAAUCUUAUGUGUGAAGAAAUCGUAAAAUCAGACCCGGAAAAAAGGAAUAAAGGUAAUGUUAAUGCAGCCAUUUUCCGUGCAAUCAAGAAAGGGGCUUUUGAGUUCGUUCGCGAUGUAUUGAAAAAGAAUCCAGAUCUUCUGUGCAGCAAAGAUGGCAAUUCAAGAAAUAUAUUCUCAUAUGCUGUCCUAUGCCGCCAAGCUAAAAUCUUUAGCCUUAUAAAUGGAAUAGAUAUUAAGAACAAAAUGGCAAAUGAAAAGGAUCCCUCUUGGAACAAUAUAUUACAUAUCGCAGGGAUGCCACCAGCUUACAAUAUGCUCGAUCGCAUACCAGGUGCAGCUUUACAAAUGCAAAGAGAACUACAAUGGUUUAAGGAGGUCGAGAGUAUUGCCCAUAAAAAAAUCAAGGAAUUUGUAAACAAAGAUGGUGUGACUCCAUGGGAGUUGUUUACGAAAAACCACAAGGACUUGAUGAAAGAGGGUGAGAAAUGGAUGAAGGAUACAGCAACUUCUUGCACAGUGGUAGCCGUUUUGAUACUUACUAUUAUGUUUGCUGCAGCCUUUACCGUUCCUGGAGGCAACAACCAAGACACAGGCUUGCCAAUAUUCUUCAAUAAAAAAUUGUUUAGGAUCUUUAUAGUAUCGGAUGCUCUAUCACUAUUUUCCUCUGCAUCUUCUGUACUGAUGUUCUUGGGAAUCCUUACAUCACGUUAUGCAGAAGAAGACUUCUUUAAAUCCCUACCCACAAAAAUGAUAAUAGGCCUUUCCACUCUUUUCUUCUCCAUUGCAACCAUGAUGAUAGCCUUUUCUGCAGGUCUUUUACUUAUGCUACGUGAAGAAUCAAGGAUGGUUAUUCCAGUCAUAUCUUUGGCUAGUAUUCCUGUCACCCUCUUUGUGUUGAUGCAAUUCCCCCUUCUUGUAGACAUGUGUAUUUCAACUUAUGGACCUAGCAUCUUCAAUAGGAAAAUGAAACGAUGGUUGUAACUUAUCCAAAUUGACCUAAAGACAGUCAAUUAGCAAUUGAGAAAGCUGUCAGUACUUAUAUAUUUCCUUUUAUCCAUCAUGGAGAGAUUACUAAUAAAUUAAAUUUCAGUUGGAUUGUGUUUA